AAAUUCUGAUGUUGAUGAGUAUAUGUGCUGAAAUUUGAGAAUAAGCUGCCGUGUUUUUUGGUUUAAGCCCAUUUUUAGCGAUAUCUUAUGGAGAUGUGAAUGCAUGAUUGAGAAAAUGGUAUGUGUGUUGUGAAUGCUUGAUUGCAUGCAUAUAAUAAAUAAGUGCAUGGAUACUUUUCUAGCUUUGUCUUCCUUUGUUUCUUUGCCAUGACUUACCUAUGAUGCGCUUAGUCCAAACCUAGCCUAGAUAGAGUUAAAAAAGGAUAGGAGGUACUCUUUAGAAAUUGAGAUGGUUUUAACAAAUUUGUCUUGUCAAACAUGAGUUUGGAGCCUCUUGUCUAGCCACAAUGAACUAAAUCCCUUUAGAAAGGGUGGGCAUUAACAAAUCUUGUUGUCACUUCGAAGGGAGCAGUCAAACUUAGAAACUAAGUGUAGAACCAUAGAAAGGUUACCCCAUCGGUUAUUGUGUGCGUACCAAAGAAAGAAAAGAGAGACUUGCAAAUGUAAAACUUAAGACAGCGAGACAAUUAAGAGCUAAAAAAAACAAAGAACAUAUGCAUUAUACAUCAGAAAAAUCCCAUAAAAAAAUGAAGGGAAACUUCACUUUUGGCCUAACCAAAAGCAGACCACCUACUCUUAGCGUUCUAGACAUAGCAUUGAGUUUGAUGAGGGCUUUGAAAAGAGGAGGAAUCCUCCCCGUUCCACACUAGGGGAAAAACGAGACUUGUCACUCCGAAGGGAGCAGUCAAACUUAGCAUUGAGUUCAAGGUAUCCUUCUUAGAUUCUUGAAUCAUGACUACAUUAGGACUACAAUGAGCACCAUUGUUAUGGAUCAAAAUAAAGUUCCAAAUGUUCAUCCAAUCGUGCCAUCAAAUGUGUCAGAAGGAAAUAUUCAUGUUAGCAUUGGAAAGACGUCAAUAGCAGUGGAAAGAAUUGAAGAAAAAAGUGAAACAAAAGUGAAUGGAGACAGGAAAAUGAAAUUAUCCCAGAAAAGCCAACAAUGUGUAGCAAAUGGUACAAACAAGAGUUGAGAAAAGAUGGGGCGUGAUUUCAUGGUUUCAAAUGGGAAGUCAUCAUGUGUAUUUAAGGGGAAAAUAUUUUGUUUUUCUAGUUCCUUUCCAGAAGAUCGGAGAGCUGAAAUUGUUGAAUGGAUAAAUCAAGGGGGAGGCGAGGUUGUUGAAGAUCACAUGAAGCAGAAAGUGCACUUCACUGUUGAAUGUCAUGGUGGGAUACCAAGGAGUACAGACGUUCAUAGUACUUAUGUGUCAAGUCAUCGGGUUCGAUCAUGUUUAGAGUUUGUGGAGAAGCUGACAAAGAAGGUAACCCAUCUAAUAUGCAAGUUCACCGAUGGGACAAAGUAUGAGGCUGCUUGUAAAUGGGGGAAACAAUGCAUUACAGCUGAAUGGAUAUAUGAGUGUGUCAGCCAGAGAAAGAUUGUCUCUCUUGAUUUGUAUCGCCCAAAGAAGUUAAAGCUCAAGACAGAGCGACAGGCUUAUGCACUGUCAGCCAAUUUCCUACUCAAGCUGCCCCAAUGAUAGCCAAUGAAAAGC